AUGCUGGAAAUAGUGGGUCCCCCGGACGAGGGGCUCCGUGGCCUGCUCUUGAAGUGUCUGGCAGUUGUGAUGAUCGCCAGUGCUGUCAAAUUCAUACAUCGUCUCUGCCAGGUGCGGAUGAUGGUUCGUCGGGCGCAGAACCAGCCGGGAGUGUUCGCCCUGCCGCAUUCAUUCAUCCUCGGCCAUCUGCCUGCGAUCACAAAGGUUGCCAUCAAACUCAAGAUGCCGCGAGAUGCUCACGGCCAGAGCAUGCCGCUGCUUAUAGCCCAGGCAUAUCCUGAAGUAAUGAAGGCGGGCUGCGUGUACAUGGAUGUUUGGCCCCUGAGCAAUCCCAUGAUCGCCGUCUUUCAUCCGGACCUUAUGGCUCAGUUCACCCAAGAGAACAGUCAACUCAAGCACCCGAACAUGAAAGCCGAGUUUGGUCCCUUCACCGGGGCCAAUGACCUGGCAUGCUCAGAUGGCAGAGAGUGGAGAGCAGAUAGGGCCAUAUUCAAUCCGGGGUUCUCCGCAAGGAACCUGCUGUCUCUGAUCCCUGCCUUUGUGGAGGAAGUCAUCGUGUUCAGGGACUACCUUAUAAAGUCCGCCCAGCAAGGAACAACGGUCAAUAUGGUGGACCUCACCACAAACCUGACCGUUGAUAUCAUCGCGAGGGCCGUCCUGGGUGCACGAGUACACGCCCAAGACAGGCCUGUCAAAUUCAUCACGUCGAUGCUGGAUCAAGUCGGGCUUCUAUAUUUCGAUAUUCAAUUCAGCAAGGCCCUGAAUCCUCUGAGGCCCCUCCGCCACUUUGUUCUCAACCGGGCCUUUCGGCAGGAAAUGAUGCCCUACGUCCAGAACGUGGUACAGAACUACGAAAAGAUGGAAGGCCCCAAGACGAUCCUCAAUCUGGCAGUCAAGUCUUAUGUCGAGGAAGUCCAGGAGAUAUCCACGCGAGGCCAUAUCCCGCCCGAGUUCCUUGACAAGGUCGUCAACCACGUCAAGAUGUUCCUCUUCGCAGGCCACGACACAACGGCAACAACGGUGGCUUACGCCUACUUUGCCCUAUACAGCCACCCGGAGAAGCUCGCGCUCUUGCGUGCGGAGCACGACGCAGUUUUCGGGGCAGACCUCUCACAGACAGCAGAGCGGAUCGCCGCCAACCCUUCCCUGCUGAACCAGCUGCCCUACACGCUCGCCGUGGUCAAGGAGACGCUGCGGCUUUGGCCCGUGGUGGGCACGGUACGUAUUGGCGAGCCCGGCUUCUCGCUGCGCCAUCCAGACACCGGGGUCGAAUACCCAGCCGAGGGAUUCAUGCUCUUUGGGUGCUCGGCCGCGGUCCAGCGCAACCCGUACUUCUGGCCCGAGCCGGACGCCUUCAUCCCGGAACGCUGGACGGUGCGCGACGAGAGCGACCCGCUCCGCCCGGUCAAGAACGCCUUCCGGCCCUGGGAGCAGGGCCCGCGCAACUGCAUCGGUCAGGAGCUGGCCAGUCUCGAACUCCGGCUCAUUCUCGCCCUGACCGUGAGGGAGUUCGACAUGGCGGCCGUAUACCCGGAGAAGGCCGAAACCUUCCUGGGCACCAAAGCCUACCAGGUCCAGCCGCCAGCGUGCAUCACCGCGCACCCCAAAGACGGCCUGCCCAUGCGGGUCAGCAUCAGGAAGACGGGAUGA